AGUUUCGCCCAAAUCCUCAUCGCUGCAUCUGUGAACGGCGAACGCAAAAGCUGUUGGGGACGCCGGAACCGCGGAGAUACCGAAAGCCGUGCGCCGCCUCUGCCCCUUCUCAACAAAUCUAGCCGGGAUGUGCCCGAACGCAGUAGCAUCCCAUGUUGAUCCAACAUCCCGGGCCGGCUGUCGCAUGCGUAGCCCAACACACUGAAGCCGGAGCUGCGCCGACUGCGCUGGUAGCAUCAUGUUCCCUCCGGGGAUAUCCCCGGGGCGUUAGCUCGGAACAUCUGCCUGCCUGCCUACCUGAGACGUUCGGGCCAUCGCCGAAAAUAGGCAGUGCCCGGCAGAGCGGCGGACAUGACGCCGUGGUCGGAUCAGCCAGGGCCCCCGACGCGGAGCGUGUCCCGCAGCUUCCUACUCACGCUGGGCACGGGGAUGACGUUCGGCUUCGGCUGCGCCUACCUGCUGCUCAGCGUGCUGUCCAUGGACCACCGGUCGACGUGGCUAUCGCGGCUGUCGCGGGCAGCCGUGCCAGCUCUGUACGCCACUGACGCUCACUCGCACUGGGACGGCGUCGACGCGGCGGGCCCCGACCGUCCGCUAAGCGUCCACGGCUCCCAGGAGGAGUUCCAUAGGACAGGUGAGGACCAGGUGGCGAGGGAACUGCACAACCGUGUGCGUGUGCUCUGCUGGGUGAUGACCAAUCCGGCCAACCAUGCCAAGAAGGCGCGGCAUGUCAAAGCCACCUGGGGCCGCCGCUGCAAUAUCCUGCUAUUCAUGAGCUCCGCGCCGGACCCAAGCCUGCCCACGGUGGCACUCUCCGUGGAGGAAUCGCGCAACGCACUUUGGGCCAAGACCAAGGCUUCAUUCCGGGAGGUGUACAACCACUACCUCAACAGCUCAGACUGGUUCCUCAAGGCAGACGACGACACCUAUGUCAUCCUGGAGAAUCUCAGGUAUUUUUUGCUGGACAAGAACUCUUCGGAACCCGUCUACUACGGCUGCCGCUUCAAGCCCUUCGUGAAACAAGGCUACAUGAGCGGUGGAGCGGGCUACGUGCUCAGCCGAGAGGCCCUUCGCCGCCUCAUCGAGGUCGGGCUGCGCGAUCCCAAGAAGUGCCGGGCCGACGGACGCGGGGCCGAAGACGUUGAGAUGGGCAAGUGCCUGGAAAACCUCGGCGUCGACGCGGGGGACACACGCGAUGCCAUGGGCCGUGGUCGCUUCUUUCCGCUCGUUCCCGAGAGCCACCUGAUUCCCGGCCAGAUGCCCAAGGACUUUUGGUUCUGGACCUAUGCAUACUAUCCUUUCCAGGAGGGGAUGAACUGCUGCAGCGACACAGCCAUUUCGUUUCACUACAUCAGCCCAAACAUGAUGUAUGUCAUGGAAUACCUCGUGUACCACCUGAGGCCGUAUGGGAUUGACACCACAAUCCGCAAAAGCGCGAAAACACCGCAAACACGGCAGCUCACUUCCCGUCGCCCAGUCCUGUCGCCCGGCACGGCCAGUACGACGAUGACGAAGCACCGUCAAACGUGAAAUGCUGGGACGAGAGUGACAACUGCUGGUGAUGCAGCUAAGACGUUCAGUGCUUCCUUGGACGGCAAACGCCACCCCAGAGUCAUAUCGUACGUAGGAAUGUUUUCUUCCGUUAAGGUCAUAGUACAACUGGCCCCCUUGGAGGCAAAGUCGGGCAAGUUUAGUCAGCCAGCUUGACAAAGGGCCUGUCCAAGGAACAUGGACGUAGGAAGCUUCUGGAGGCGACAUGAUGCCACGAGGGGUGAAGCCAGAAGUGUGGAGGGACUAGCCCUCAAGAUGAUGACCAAGACCAAGAGACGCUAUUGGACGAAAAGGAGAGCUGACUUGGUGCCAACAGCUGUUUUGGUCACCCUUGGGGCCUAGUCUCUUGGUUUUGUACGUCGUUGGGGGUGUGUCCCUCCACACUUCUCGCUUCACCUCUGGUGAUAUCAUGUUGCCUCUAGAAGCUCCCUACCUCCAUGCCGGGGAAUGUCACAUGCCCCGAAGCUAACAAAAAAAGACCUUGGGUAAUUGGGGCGGGAUAUGCAACAUUGCCGACGUUUUGCGGAACCCAAGACGGGCCUUUCAUUUUGGGCAUCGAAAAACGAUAGUCACACCUACUCAGUGAUGUUGCACUUAAACCAGUCUUUCUGUUUGUCUUUUAAGUUUUUACUUUUACACUUUGGGGCAUGUUUAGAAUUCAUUUGCGAAGUUCUACGAUCUCUUUGUAGGUGAAGUUUUACUCGGGAUGCAGAAUUUAGUCGCAUUUGAGACUGGCGAGCUCGUUUCGUAUGCUUUUGCAUCAGGAGCUGACAACCAACAGCAAUCUCGUUUUUUGUUUUACCAAAAAUGUCUGUUCUGACGGCAAUAUGCUGGUUACAAACUUGCUGUUCCAUUUUUUAGGUGCCAAUCAAUGACAAACGCUAUAUAUAAUCUAGUGCAGAAGCGUUACGUUCCCUAACGAGAGUGCCACACGAAAUGCAUGUUCUUAUUUUCAUAAAUAACUUACGUGCAAACAGAGUCGUAGAGGGGAAUGCAUAAUUCAUUAAUGUAGUGCAUCUACUAUGUAAAUUUUUAUAGGACAUCGUUUUUUUAUUUGUUACGGUAAGUGGCGGCCACAGAUGUUGCCACAAGUCGUCACCCCCCCCCCCCCAAUUGGGUGUUUUUCGUCAAGUCUGGUGUAUUAAGGCCAACAUGUCGUAUAUGCUUAGCAGUCCUUCAUUUUGCUGCUGUUGUUCAUUUAGGUUUAGAUAUAUUGGACAAACGGCAUUACCUUUCUAUGCA